AUGAGCACUGCACAAACACCAAGUAAUAUAACUCCACCUAAUCGACCAACCUUAUCAAACUCUUCCUCGUCUUCUUCUAACGACAUCCUUGUCCCACAACGUACUGCUCCCCCGCCACCAACUAAAUCUUUGCAUACUUCUCAAAUGAGUAGCGGUACAUCUGGCGUAAGUCAUAACGGGAGUAUAAGGUCCACGUCAUCAUCGUAUAAUCGUCGUGGUCCACCACCUCCAGGUAAGAAAUCAACGAGUAUGGGACCACCCGCUAAACCGACCCGUGGUCCAACAACUUCAAUAUCAACCCAGAAUUUAAAUCGGAGUCCAUCGGCUAGUGCUACAAUGACUACAACAAAGGCGAGCUUAAGUUCUCCCGAUAACAUGGUUUCUCCUACCUCGCCGAAAUACGGUCAAGGGGCAUCGAAUUAUAGUUCGAUUAAGGGGCCACAAGGGAUUAAUAUCCAUGGGGACCCUAUACAACCAGAGAAAGAGGGAAACGGAAAUAGGUCAACAAUUAAAGGGUUCGAGAUUUCUUCACCAUAUGAUCCGGUACAUUUAACUCAUGUUGGAUUCAAUCAAGAGACAGGAGAAUUCACGGGUUUGCCAAAAGAUUGGCAACAAUUAUUACAGGAGUCUGGUAUAUCGAAGCAAGACCAACAAGCACAUCCACAAGCUGUGCUGGAAAUUGUCAAAUUUUAUCAAGACACUAGAGGUGUUAGUAAUCCGAAUAAUGUAUGGGAGAAAUUCAAUCAUGCAAUAGUUCCUGAUACAUCGCCACCUGCAAGUUUACCAACUUCACCGCAUAUGAGUGAAAAAAAAUUCGAAACCAAAGCAUUCGAAAAUCCUAGAGUUGCACCAGCGCCACCAGAUCCAAAGAAAAAACCACCGCCACCUGUAGUACCAGCAAGACCUCAUAAUCCCACUACAACAGUCAAGACAUCACCAGAACCUCCUAGACUUCCUCCAAUAACUCCUUUGCCGCCGCUUGAGAGUCGUCAUCCUGGUCCAACUCCACCUCCCAAACCAACUACUAAGCCACCACGUAAAGAUCCUAGUCAAGCACCUUUAGUCCCCGCACCACCUAAAGUGCCUCCGCCAGUACUCAGCUCUAGUCCAAUAGUAGCAAAACCGCAGCAACAUGGCGGUAGUGCACGACGACCACGCAAAGGAGCCAAAGAAUCGGCGGAUGUAAUUGAGCGAUUGAAAGCUAUUUGUACAGAUGCAGAUCCAACAAAAUUAUACAGAAAUCUUGUAAAAAUUGGUCAAGGUGCAUCAGGUGGUGUUUAUACAGCAUAUCAAGUUGGAACUAAUCUUUCAGUAGCUAUUAAACAGAUGAAUCUUGAACAACAACCGAAAAAAGAUUUAAUUAUCAAUGAAAUUUUGGUUAUGAAAGAGUCACAACAUCGAAAUAUUGUCAAUUAUAUUGACAGUUUCUUGUGGAAAGGCGAUCUAUGGGUAGUGAUGGAAUACAUGGAAGGUGGUAGUUUAACGGAUGUUGUAACAAGUAACAUAAUGACAGAAGGUCAAAUCGCUGCGGUUUCCAGAGAGACUCUGGAAGGUUUAGCACAUUUACAUUCCAAGGGAGUCAUUCAUAGAGAUAUCAAGAGUGACAACGUACUAUUAGCAUUAAAUGGGGAGAUUAAAUUGACCGAUUUCGGAUUUUGUGCGCAAAUCAAUGAAUUACACAGUAAGCGCACCACAAUGGUAGGUACACCAUAUUGGAUGGCACCCGAAGUUGUGACACGUAAAGAAUAUGGUCCGAAAGUAGAUAUUUGGUCACUAGGGAUUAUGGCAAUCGAAAUGGUAGAGGGUGAACCGCCAUAUUUAAAUGAAAAUCCGCUGAGGGCUCUAUAUUUGAUUGCAACAAAUGGAACACCUCAGUUACAAAAUCCAGAAAGUCUGUCACUUGUUUUCCGUGACUUUUUGAACAAAUCGUUGGAAGUCGAUGCUGAAAAACGACCGACUGCAGUUGAGCUACUUAAGCAUCCAUUCUUGCAAAAAUCAGAACCACUGAGAUCGCUUGCACCGCUCAUCAGAGCUGCGAGAGACAAUGCAAAAAGAUGA